GUUUGUAUAAUAAAUUUUAUUUUAUUAUAUUUUUUUUGAAAAAAUUUAUUUAUAUUUACUCUUUUUUGAUAAAAAUAUUUAUUUAAAAAAAUAAAAUUAUUUCAUCACUUGUUCAUAAUUCCGUGAAACAACCAGUAGAACUUUAAACAGGAAUACAGAUAAAAUAACCAGCUAUCAAUUCACCCAGAGAAAAUAAAGCUUUUUCAGUCAAUUAACGAUCUUCGUUACGACCACAUAACAUACACUACACUACACCCAACACUAAAAAAUAAUGUUCAACGCGUUGUCAAAAUACGUUUCGGGUUAUUUGAAGAGAAGCAAUUCCUUGCACUCUCCAGCCGAUCUCAGUGGCUCCCCGAUCAAUAUCAACGACAGGGCGGAUAUUAACUUUCCAUCCCUCAUCCCCAAAGGGGAUAUAACCACCAAAGAAAUCGAUAACGAAUGGAUAUUCGUAGCCGAAAAAAACCCUUCUUCGAAGUGCAAUUCCCUACAUCGCUCUAGCACCCCUAACACGUGGUUUCCCGCGACGCCCGCCUCUCAUCCGCUACCCCUUUUGAAAACGGAGCCAGAUAAUACGGGUUUCCUUUUGGUGGCCGACAAGAUACAUGACCGGGAAGUUUUCGACAAGGAAAAUGGUUGCGUGAUCGUCAACCAAAACCGACUCACUACUUUACCCGAUGUUAAGGAAUUUGGCGGUAUCGAAAAAUUCGGACCGGUUUCGUUGCCAAUUUCGGUUUCUGAACCCAAAAAAGUUUCUAUCCGGGUAUCCAAUCGAAUACCGGUGGUUACGGCCUUUGACGAGGCCUGGGAUCGCAAGAAGGGUCAGUCGGACAAGGCCAAAGCUUUCAACGUUGCCCAGAAGCAGGCCUUCAAACAAUACCGGAAGCAUUCCGAUUCCACCUCAUCUCAAUCUUCUUGCCAUUCCACCUCCCCGAACCGUAGUAGGGAAGAUGGGGUAAAGGUUGGAGCUAACGCCGUCAAUAAGGACAAAGCAAAAAACAAAAAGCUGAGAGGAGGCAAAGCCCGCCCUUCAGGAAAUCAGGAAUCGUUCAUCCCUAGCUCUCCUCGUCACCAUCCCCACGUUUCCCCUAGAACGUCGGCUCGUUCUAUUCCUACCGAUCACCUCGCCCAAGCACCACUUAACCCCGGUCUAGCCAAAGCUUCGUUGGACUCGGUCCCGGGGAAUCGCCGCCAAAGAAAUAAGCGAUCCGCCAAGACCGGCCGUAACCCCUUCAACGGGAAACUGUUCAGACUUUUCGAGACCGAAGAGAUUUUUCAGAAAGAUUCCAACACCAACGCCGGCGAUAAUAUAAGCUGGAAUACGCUUCCCUUCGCACCCUCUGGUUUCGAAAAUGGGAAAAGUACGAAGGGGAAGAAGCGAGGCGGGGGCCGCUUCUUUUACGCUCAGGGCUGUUUUGGUAAGCGAAGCGGAAUAAUCAGGCAACCUUUGCCAAAGACUUACGCGAAAUGUUGAUGACCCCCCUGAACGAGAAUAUCGACUUUUUCAUUCAUUCAUUCCUAGCUCCUCAUUAUUUCACAUUUUUACCUAAUUUGGCAUCUGUCAAUCCUCAUUUAUAUAUGUCUGUAAUCUUAUAUUUCUUUACUUUUUUUCCUUAAUCUUUGAAGUAAGUGUCAAUUAUUUUUUCCAAAUCUUAAGAAUCUUGUAUUUCCUUAACUUAAAACAUAAUUUAUAUUUAUUUAUGUUCUUCUCACAAUAUCUCAUGUCCAUAUUUUUAUAUGAACGGGGUAAAUAUUAACCUUUUUUUUAAA